AUGGAGGCGAGCUUUGCCCAGAUGCUCUGCACGCUCUGCCUGGCCACCACAGUCUGUGCCUUCACCCAGGAAGAGUUCAAGGAGGUGCUGCUGAAGCAGCUGGGGCUCUCCGAGGUCCCUAAGCUUCAUAAGAGAGACCUGGUGGACCUGGUCAUCCCAGAGCACGUGAGGAACAAGUAUAUCUCCAUGCUGAAGCGCCACAGGGUGAAGCGCCGCGCCUCACCGAGCCUGGGCACCAUCCUCAGGGGAAUCCCUGGAAAUGCAGACGUCCUCUAUCCUGACCCCACACGCCAGAACCUCGUCUUUGACAUGGAGGGGAGAAUACCGAUAAACAGUGAGGUAACAAUGGCCGAGCUGAAACUUUUCAAGAAGCCCUUGGACAGGGCAAACCUGCCUGCUAAGCAGUCUCACAGGCCUGUCUCCAACGCCAGAGUCAGUGUCUACUGGGUGCAACGGCAGCGUGAUGGUACCAACAGGACCUCCCUGAUCGACUCCCGGCUGGUUCCAGUGCGAGAGUCGGGCUGGAAGAACUUUGACGUGACACAGGCCGUGCACUACUGGCUGCGAAACAAGAGGCAGGAGCCCAUGGUCCUGCAGGUCUGGAUUGAGGGGGAGCGAGUAGGCAGUUAUGCCUCGGAGGUGGCCAAAGCAGUACGCUUCACCUCGCAGGACCCCAGGGACAAAGCCAUGGGCAAGCCCGAGCUGGUGGUUUAUACCCUCGACUUGGAAGACUAUGGGGGCCCCGGGGACUGCAAGGAUGGUGUGGUGACGGGGAAGUCCACCUGCUGCCGUCAGAAGCACUACAUCAGCUUCCGUGAGCUCUCCUGGACACAGUACUGGGUCAUUGAGCCAGCUGGGUACCAGGCUUACCGGUGCCAGGGGGGCUGCCUGCAGCCCCCCAGGUCCCUGCAGCACUUGGGGGCUGGGGAUCGUGCCUGCGCUGUGGCUGAGACCUCCUCGCUCCCCGUCAUGUACCUGGUCAGGAGGGGCAACCGCACCGAGAUCGAGGCAGCUGAGUUUCCCAACAUGAUCAUCGAGAAGUGCAGCUGCAUGGCAAAUGGUGCGGCACUGGUGUGA